AUGUUAUUCAAGACAUUGAUCCUUGAUUCUCACAACUUGAUCCCAAAACUUAUGCCACAGGCUAUUAAAAGCAUUGAUAUCACUCAUGGAAAUGGAGGAGCUGGCAGCAUCAAACAGAUCAACUUUGCUGAAGGCGAUGCCUCGAUGGACAAGCAGAUUGAAUCAAUUUCUGAUGAGGUUAAGUUGGAGCUGUCUCUUAAUGGUGGAACUGUCUCUAAGAUGACAAGCAAAUAUUAUGCCAAGGGUGAUGUUGAACUCUCAGAAGAGUUCAUCAAGGCUGGCAAGGAGAAGGCCAUGGGAAUGUACAAGGUUAUCGAAUCCUACCUCCUGCAAAACCCCGAUGCCUAUGCAUAA